AUGUAUGUGUUUGCACUGUUGGACAUUGAACAAGGGAAGGUCAGUGUGAUCUUCAAUGUGGGCACAGAUGACAUCACCAUAGAUGAGCCUGCGGUCACCGUGAACGACGGCAAGUACCACGUGGUUCGCUUUACGCGUAGUGGUGGCAACGCCACCCUCCAAGUGGACAACCAGCCCGUCAUCGAGCGCUUCCCAACAGGGAACAUUGAUAAUGAACGGCUUGCUAUAGCCAGGCAAAGAAUUCCAUACAGACUUGGUCGGGUAGUUGACGAGUGGCUACUCGACAAAGGUCGACAGUUGACUAUCUUCAACAGCCAGGCGGCCAUAAAGGUGGGAGGUCAGGAUAAGGGGCGGCCGUUCCAGGGCCAGAUCUCAGGCCUGUACUACAACGGGCUGCAAGUUCUAAAACUGGCCGCCGAGGGGGAUCCGAACGUGCAGGUGAUAGGAAACUUGCGUUUGGUUGGGGACGCACCCUCCGUCCUGUCCACAGAGACCACCUCGGCCACCCCACCAGCUGCGGCGGACAUGUCCACCACCAUAAUGGAGACCACCACCACCAUGGCCACUACCACCACCCGUAGACAGCGCUCUCCUAGCCUGAAAGACAGUAUUGCACAGAACUCCGAUGACCUGCUGGUGGCAUCAGCCGAAUGUCCCAGUGAUGAUGAGGAUCUGGAGGAGUGUGAGCCGGGCACUGGAGGUGAACUUGUGUUGCCUAUAAUUACUGUGGACACCCAAGACCCCUUUCCCAUAGCCACCCGUUACCCCGCCAUCCCUGCCCCCCCCACAUCCCUGACCCCUCUCCAAACCACCAAAGAGUCCCUCGUUCUGUCCGACCUCCGCCCGCCAUGCCCUCCGGACCAGGAGGACUGCGGCGACCCCAUGGAGGUAUCGGCCUUUGGCUCCGGAGAAAUGACGGAGUCCGAUGACGAGGACUUUUACAAAAACUCCCCCAUGGUCACAGACAGGACGGUCCUACCGCCGCCCCCUGCCGUGGGCAAGAGCGGAGGUCAGAGCCCAAGUGACCACCGUCCUCCAGUCCCCGGCCCCACCUCACACCCCAACCAGCUCCACAUCCCCGCAGGCAAAAUGAAUACCCGCGACCAGGUGCUCCUACCGCCCGCCCCGUCCUCCCGUCACACUCCAGGGUUAACCUACCCACCUGGUUUCCCCCAUGUGCCCACAGCUCACCCCACCGACCUGAUGGAUAAAGGCCACCCGGGUGCCGUGGAGGUAAUCAGGGAGUCCAGCAGCACCACAGGCAUGGUGGUCGGCAUCGUGGCGGCUGCUGCCCUCUGCAUCCUCAUCCUCCUUUACGCCAUGUACAAGUACCGCAACCGGGACGAAGGUUCUUAUCAGGUGGACCAGAACCGCAAUUCAGGAUCCGAAAGCAACGGCGCCGUAGUCAAAGAGAAGACGCAGAGCACGACCGCCACCGUCGCAAAGACGACCGCCAAGAGCAAGAAAAAUAAAGACAAGGAGUAUUACGUCUGAGAGAGACAGAGGAGGAGGUUCACAGACAGGAAGUGUGCUGAGGAUUUUAAAACUUCAAAUCACCUCCUCUGCAUCCUCAAACAUUUAAGCCACACAAUCUUCUGUUUACUUCUCCAAACGUUUUUCUGCCAACUGAAAGAUACGGACGUAGGGAAUGAGGAGGAAGGAAUACUGACCGAUAGAUCCUCCUUUCGUUUCUGUCUUGCGAAGCCAUUGUUGUAUGUAAUUUUAUCUCUAUCAUGUCUAAAGAAAAUCUUCCAUUACAUUCCAAAUGAUGUAAUGCCCUCUUUGCGAUUAAAAAUUUAUGUUUUGCGGGCCUCCAUGGGAGAGUAACCAACACCAUGGACAGGGAGAGAAAACCCGCCGGUUUAACAGAUGUAUCCACACACGAGCUUUUGGUGCUAUUCCUGACCGUUUGUUUAAUAUUAUCUUCACAGAGCUAUGAAAUUGAGAUCUUCUACGAGGCUGUCGUUGGCCCUCGUUGUAAUAAUUCAUGAAGAACAGAAGCGAUUUUGUUAGUUAUUUGCACGAGACAAGCAGAUGCUCCCAUCAGUUCUUGUGGAGAUGUUAAAUCUGACACCUUUUUCGUGUUCGGUUGGAAAGGCGGUGGAUAGUAUCACAUUUUCUGUUUCAUUCUCUGACUGAGCCUGAAAAACCCGGAGAGUCUGAAUUCGUUUACACUCUGGUAUCUUUUGUCAGUGUAGAAAUUAGGAUUUAUCUGUCUCUGCCAUGAAACACAUGAUUCUAAUUCUUUCUUUGUUGUUUAUCCGCCAUGGUUUCAUAAACACGUUCUCGCUUAGAAUCGCAGAUCAGACGGUGAAGCCUGCUUUGACAGCAACACCUCCACUAGCAGCUCAGAAGGUUGUUAGAACUUUAAAAAGCCAACGAAAGGCAUUCAGCAGGCAUCUUUCUCUCUCUCUCUCUCUUCAUGGUGCCGAAACAUUGUGAUCUGUUAGGCUACUAAUUGUGUUCCAUGCAUGAUGCAUUCACAUUCAGCUUUCCAUGAGAGUUUUUUUUAUAUGAAUUACAUAAAGUUGAUAACCCUCAUCUCACCCGGAGGGAUUCAUAGCACCAUGGGCGAGCACGACGCGGACAAAAGAGACCUCAGAAAGCGGGACUGUCCUGAACUGAACAUCAGCUUGGACAAAAGAUGUUGUAUCUAUGUAAAUACAGGACAUUGCUGAAAACGCUUCAGGAGACAGGUUUGUGUGUAUCGAGCAUACAGUACGUAUGCGUGUGUGUGCUUGUGUGUGUGAGUGUUUGUCCUCGUUCGUCCUCCGGCAUGAGAAAGAUAUACGCAAGACUACGAGAACCCUUUCUCUUGCCUCCUAUAUUCUCUAUGGUGUGAAACUACAGCCCAAUACCCAUCCGAAUGAGACUACAAAACAAACAGGAUAAAGAGAACGGAGGCGAAAUCAUAUUUUCAGAACUGUAUGGCAUCUCUUCUAGGAGGGGAAAAAAGGAACCCGUUCUCAUCGGGAUGCCAGCUCACCACCUCCCAAACCUAAGAAAGUGAAAAGAAGCGAACUGACAAGGCUUUUAUGGAUAAAGCAGCACAACCUUGUGUCCAGACUUUUGUAUCUAAUGACACCUCCUGGAAAGGAGGAAAAAAGGAAGAAAAAAAAAAACUGUAUACCGUCUAGAUAUUUCUCACACUUGAAAAUAUGUUUUUCCUGAAUUGACAUUCCUUGUUAUUACAAAGAGGUUUUUGUUUAGUCCUUUCUCUGCAAAUGAAAAAAAAAAUUUAUUCACAAUAGAUAUUACUUCAGUAACACGAAGUGAUUUUCAAAUGUGAAAUUCUGGGGGAAAAAAAUAAUAAUAAUGUUUUGGGAUUUUAUUGAAUUUGGUAAAAGAUGAAGCAUUACACCUAGCCAUACCUCCAUUUUACAUUUGGUUUUUUUUUUUACGUCAUUGACUGGGCUUUUUUCUGUUUGUGUUUUUGUUUUGUUUGUUCUUUUAAGAUAUAAUUGUCAUUUACCUAUGCUGGUCAAAGUAUAUUCCCGUUCUUAAUGUAAUUGUAAAGUGUUACCGUGAGAUGAAAUCUAAAUAUAUGUGCAAUUA